GCAUCCUAAGACUUGAAGCCAGCACGGGACCUGGAAAAAUUACAUGGUGUGAACGGCAUGUCUGUGGAUGAGAAGCCUGACUCCCCCAUGUAUGUGUAUGAGUCCACAGUCCACUGCACCAACAUCCUCCUGGGCCUCAAUGACCAGCGCAAAAAGGAUAUUCUCUGUGACGUGACUCUGAUCGUGGAGAGGAAGGAGUUCCGGGCCCACCGAGCUGUGCUGGCCGCAUGCAGUGAAUACUUCUGGCAGGCGCUGGUUGGACAGACGAGAAAUGACUUGGUGGUCAGCUUGCCUGAGGAGGUCACGGCCAGGGGGUUUGGGCCGCUGUUGCAGUUCGCCUACACCGCCAAGCUGUUACUCAGCAGAGAAAACAUCCGCGAGGUCAUCCGCUGUGCCGAGUUCCUGCGCAUGCACAACCUGGAGGACUCCUGCUUCAGCUUCCUGCAGACCCAGCUCCUGAACAGCGAGGAUGGCCUGUUUGUGUGCCGGAAGGACGGUGCGUGCCAGCGCCCGCACGAGGACCGUGAGAACAGCGCCGGAGAGGAAGAGGAGGAAGAGGAGGAGACGAUGGAUUCGGAGACGGCCAAGAUGGCUUGCCCCAGGGACCAGAUGCUUCCAGACCCCAUCAGCUUUGAGGCCACUGCCAUCCCAGUAGCGGAGAAGGAAGAAGUUUUGCUGCCGGAGUCCGACGUGCCCGCGGACACCAAGGAGAGCGCGGCAAAGGACGCGUUAACGCAGUACCCCAGAUACAAGAAAUACCAGCUUGCAUGUACCAAGAAUGUCUAUAACGCAUCAUCACACAGUACCUCAGGUUUUGCAAGCACAUUCAGUGAAGAGAACUCGGGCAACAGCCUCAAGCCGGGGCUUGCCAUGGGGCAGAUCAAAAGCGAGCCGCCCAGCGAAGAGAACGAGGAAGAGAGCAUCACGCUCUGCCUGUCUGGAGAUGAGCCUGACGUCAGAGACAGAGCCGGGGACGUGGAAAUGGACCGGAAACAGCCCCGCCCCGCCCCCGCGCCCGCCCCCGCCCCCCCUGCCGGGGCCGCCUGCCUGGAGAGGUCCAGGGGCGCGUCCUCCCCCUCCUGCUUAAGGUCUCUGUUCAGCCUAACAAAAAGUGUGGAGUUGUCCGGCCUGCCCGGUACCUCUCAGCAGCACUUUGCCAGGAGUUCCGCGUGCCCUUUUGACAAGGGGAUCACUCAGGGUGACCUUAAAAGUGACUACCCGCCUUUCCCGGGGAAUUACGGACAGCCCCACAUGGGCCAGAAGGACGCGUCCAGCUUCACAGUGGGGUCGCCCCUCAAGGGGCCUGGGUUGGAGGCGCUCUGUAAACAGGAAGGAGAGCUGGACCGGAGAAGUGUCAUCUUCGCCUCCAGCGCUUGUGACCAAGUGAGCACCGCCGUGUCCUCGUACUCUGGGGUCAGCGGUUUGGACAGAGACCUCUCCGAGCCGGUGCCAAAGGGCCUGUGGGUGGGGACUGGCCAGUCCCUCCCCAGCUCACAGGCCUACCCUCACGGUGGGCUGAUGGCUGAACACUUGCCAGGAAGGAUGCGGCCCAACACCAGCUGCCCGGUGCCAAUCAAAGUCUGUCCCCGCUCGCCCCCGUUGGAGACCAGGACUAGGACUUCGAGCUCGUGUUCCUCCUACUCGUACGCCGAGGACGGGAGCGGGGGCUCACCCUGCAGCCUGCCUCUCUGCGAGUUCUCUUCCUCGCCCUGUUCCCAGGGAGCCAGAUUCCUGGCCACAGAACAUCAGGAACCAGGCCUGAUGGGAGAUGGAAUGUACAACCAAGGCCGACCCCAGAUUAAAUGUGAGCAGUCUUACGGCACCAACUCCAGCGACGAAUCCGGAUCGUUCUCGGAAGCAGACAGUGAGUCGUGUCCUGUGCAGGACAGGGGCCAGGAGGUCAAACUUCCCUUUCCUGUAGAUCAAAUCACAGAUCUUCCAAGGAAUGAUUUCCAGAUGAUGAUUAAGAUGCACAAGCUAACCUCAGAGCAGUUAGAGUUCAUUCACGACGUCCGCCGGCGCAGCAAGAACCGCAUCGCGGCCCAGCGCUGCCGCAAGAGGAAGCUGGACUGUAUUCAGAACUUAGAAUGUGAAAUCCGCAAACUGGUGUGUGAGAAAGAGAAGCUGUUGUCAGAGAGGAAUCAGCUGAAAGCGUGCAUGGGGGAACUGCUGGACAACUUCUCCUGCCUCUCCCAGGAAGUCUGCCGAGAUAUCCAGAGCCCCGAGCAGAUCCAGGCCCUGCAUCGGUACUGCCCUGUCCUCAGACCCACGGGUCUCCCCACAGCCUCCGGUAUGAACCCCGUGCCCUUGGGCGUGGAGCAGAACCUUGCCGCCCCGCAGUGUGCAGUGGAGGAAAGCGUGCCCUGCUGCUUGGAGCAGGGCACAGCGGCCCCCGGGCCCCCCUGGGCGCCCAGCAGCGCCUCAGAGAACUGUACUUCUGCUCGGAGGCUGGAAGGCACUGACCCAGGAACCUUCUCAGACAGAGGACCUCCUCUGGAACCCAGGAGCCAAACGGUGACCGUGGACUUCUGCCAGGAAAUGACUGAUAAGUGUACAACCGAUGAACAGCCCAGGAAAGAUUACACCUAGUGACGGCCUGCCUCCCUAGUUCUCAGCCCUCUCCCACCCAGGUGUCCAUGGGUCAGCCUGCGG